AUGGCCGCCACCGACUCUUUCCUCCAUCUCGCCCGCCCCCUUGGCCCAGCUCCGCUCGGUGCUCAGCCAUCGACUGCCCCGCUGAACGUCGCCAUCCAACCCCAGGCCGUCUUUUCUAUCCUCGAUCACUCACUCCGCCGCCCCGCCGACCAAGAACGUGUCAUUGGUACCCUGCUCGGCACCCGCAGCGAAGACGGCACUGAAAUCGAGAUCCGCAACUGCUAUGCUGUCCCCCACACCGAGACGGCCGAGCAGGUCGAGGUCGACAUGGACUACCAGAAGUCGAUGCUAGCCCUUCACCUUCGCGCGAACCCCCGUGAAGUCCUCGUUGGCUGGUAUGCGACCAGCAGCGACCUCAACACCUUCUCCGCCCUCAUCCAGAACUUUUACAGCCAGCAAGGCGACGGAACAUGGCCACACCCCGCAGUCCAUCUGACUGUUUCCACAGUACCAGGACAAGACAUCGAGUCCAAGACAUACAUUUCCGCGCCCAUUGGUGUUACUGCUGAGCGCGCUGCUGAUUCUUGCUUAUUCAUCCCGGUUCCCCACGAGAUCAAGUACGGCGAGGCAGAGAGGUCAGGACUGGAGCUCAUUUCAUCCGCAAAGGACCGUGAGGACCGAUCACAAGAGGUCAUGACCGACCUCGACUCGCUUGAGCGCGCAAUCCAGCACGUACUUGACAUGCUCGAGCGCGUGUCCAACUACGUUAACAACGUUUUGGACGAAGAGGCGGAGCCAUCGUCAGCACUAGGUCAAUUUUUGAUGAAUGCACUCAGCUUGGCACCCAAGGUUGAGCCCGCGGAUAUUGAGCGCGACUUCAACGCACACAUUCAGGACGUUCUCGUGGUAUCAUACCUCGCCAACACUAUUCGCACCCAAAUUGACCUCUCAAAUCGCCUUGCUACUGCAGCACUUACUAUGGGCGGCGGUGACGUUCUCGCUGGUGACGACAAGAAGGACGGUGACAACAACAGGGGGAAGGGCGGUGACCGACGAGGAGGCGGCAAGGGCAGGCAGCAAAGGCAGCAAGAGGCAUGA